GACUGUGUGUGUGUGUUUGUGUUGAGAGAAAGGAAGGUGCGCUGGCUCUGGCAGAAGCCGAAGCGAACUGCAGUCAUGUCGGGCCGGACCAGGCAGGGCUUCUACCGCCAGGAGAUCAACAAGACCGAGUGGGAGGUUCCGGAGCGCUACCGCGACCUGCGCCAGGUGGGAACGGGAGCCUACGGCACUGUGUGCUCUGCCGUGGACCGCAGGACAGGGACGCGAGUGGCCAUCAAGAAACUGCACAGACCCUUCCAGUCGGAGCUGUUCGCCAAGCGGGCGUACCGGGAGCUCCGGCUGCUUAAGCACAUGAAGCAUGACAACGUGAUCGGCCUGCUGGACGUGUUCACACCUGAAAUUUUGCUGGACAGAUUCCAGGAUUUCUACCUGGUCAUGCCCUUCAUGGGUACUGAUCUGGGCAAGCUGAUGAAGAUGGAGAAGUUGUCAGAGGACCGGGUGCAGUUUCUGGUCUACCAGAUCCUCAAAGGACUUAAGUACAUCCACUCCGCGGGCAUCAUUCACAGGGACCUUAAACCAGGAAAUCUUGCUGUCAAUCAAGACUGCGAACUUAAGAUCCUGGACUUUGGGCUGGCGAGGCAGGCGGACAGCGAGAUGACUGGGUACGUGGUGACUCGUUGGUACCGAGCUCCAGAGGUCAUUCUCAACUGGAUGCACUACACACAGGCAGUGGACAUCUGGUCUGUGGGCUGCAUCAUGGCAGAGAUGCUGCUGGGGAAGCCGCUGUUCAAAGGCAACGACCACUUGGAUCAGCUGACAGAGAUCAUGAAAAUCACAGGGACUCCGACUCAGGAAUUCAUUGUGAAACUGCAGAGUCAGGAUGCUAAAAAUUACAUCAAAAGAUUACCAAAAGUUCAGAAGAAAGACCUGCAUGUGCUCUUUACAGAUGUCAAUCCAGAUGCCAUCAGUCUCCUGGAGCGCAUGCUGGUGCUGGACCCCGAGAAGAGAGUGAGUGCAGCUGAGGCUCUUGCUCUGCCCUUCUUCACCGAGUUCCGGGAACCCGAGGAGGAAACGGAGGCCCAGCCGUAUGACCACUCAUUGGACAAUGCUGACCUUCCCUUGGAACAGUGGAAACGCCACACGUUCACCGAGAUCCUGACCUUCCAGCCCUCUUCCAGCCUUCCAGUGAAAGAGUCCAAGGAGACAUCACUAUGAGCGGAGCUCAGCCCACACCUCCUCUUUGAGACCGUCUACAGCUGUUUACUCAGCUGUGUCCCAGAGUGUGUGUUCCUGUCUUUAGCACUCAGUCUCAAGUCACGUUUGGAACUGUAGAGAAAUUGUGAUUGUGUGUUUAUGUUUACAAGUGUGCUGCUAAAUCUGUGUGCUUCCUUGGGAUUGGCAUAUAUCUUUGUGUGCUCAUGUAGAUGGGUAUGCCGCUUUACCCUUUGCGUGUGUUGCGCGUGUGUGUACGGGAUGUGCCGACACAUUUUUAGCUGUGUGUUGGGUGUGUCACUGCUUCGUGUUUGUGCGCACACCUCUGCCACCCGCUGACGCUGUGCUGUAUAUUCACGCACCUUGUAGGUGUUCUCAGUCUUCUGAAGCUUCAUUUGCUCAGAAUUUAUAUCCACAACUCUUUUUUUGUAACUUUUCUGCAAUGGUAGAAUUAUUACAUUUGGGUGCUAUACCUCCUAUCUUCUGAGUAAACUGGACAACGGGUGGCAUUUUUUAAACUUUUCAAAAUAAAUGCUAAGGGAUAAUUAUUAAUUAUGAAUGUACAGUUCUGCUUUAUGGAAAAUCCAGUAUGCACCAGGUGAAUACAGCGUUGUACUUGUAUGCCUUGUAAAUGCACUGGUAGAAAUAAUUGCCUUCCUAAAUGGAAAAUCCAUUUAGUAAUAUAAACAUAAAAUGAACAUGAGAAUAAUAUGAUUUCAUCAUCCACAUUUGAUAUGUAGACAUGCUGUUCAAUGGGGCCAGCAUGUUUCUUUCUCUUUUUUUGGUACUUUCACAUCUGGGUAGAUUGUUGCAACUGAUGAUAUCCUUUGACACUUACUUGAACUUUACUUGAAAUGUUUGGUGUUUGCUUUUAGGAUGAACAGAUUGCAGAUGGUGUGUAUGUGUUUCGAUGCAUUCCAUAGGCUGAGUACCUCUGAAGGUAUAGCUUUGAGCCCCUCAGAGAAAUACCGAUUCUGCACUCAGGACCUUUCUGCUCAUGUUUACACCAGUGUCUUACUUGAGCAGAUGGACACCCUCAGCACCACUAUUGGGGUACAUGUACAGCAUGUGGAAGU